CCAAUCCCCUGGAUAGAGAGAGAGAGUUACUCGCACGCAUAAAGCGGCUACAGCUGACCGGAUCAGUGAUCGAGAGUGGGUACAACUCAGAUCCGUGAGCAGCAGUGUGGAGGGCCAUCCAGUACAUUGUAUAAGAGCGAGCCAACAUCUCAACAUGAACAUCACAGGUUGCCGACGCCUGGUGUAGCUGAACCAACUCCUGGAUGUAUGGUGGAGCAAGCCAAGCCUUACACAGCGCACUAAUUCGGGGACAGCGAUGGCAAGAGGCUGAAGAAGACAGGAUGUUGCGAGAAGCUGCUUGGCAUUCUCUCCAUGGUCGUCAUCAUCUUGACCUUCCCUCUCUCCGUCUGGUUUUGCCUCAAGGUGGUGAGGGAGUAUGAGAGGGCCGUGGUCUUUCGCCUGGGCAAGUUGUUGCCUGGAGGAGCCAUCGGGCCAGGCUUGUUUUUAGUGAUGCCCUGCAUAGACACUUUCGUGAAGGUGGACAUGAGGACAGUCACGUUUGACGUUCCACCCCAGGAGAUCCUGACGCGGGACUCGGUGACGGUGGCCGUGGACGCCGUGGUCUACUACCGCGUGCACGACGCCACCGCGGCCGUCACCAACGUGGUCUACGCCGACGGCGCCACGCGGCUGCUCGCGCAGACGGCGCUGCGCAACGUGCUGGGCACCCGCAGCCUCUCCGACAUCGUGUCGGAGCGAGAGGUCAUCGCCCGCAGCAUGCAGACCAGUCUAGAUGAGGCGACGGAGCCCUGGGGCAUCAAGGUGCAGCGUGUGGAGAUCAAGGACGUGCGUCUGCCACCGCAAAUGCAGCGAGCCAUGGCAGCUGAGGCGGAGGCGAUCCGUGAGGCGCGCGCCAAGGUUGUGUCGGCGGAGGGGGAAAUGAACGCGUCGCGUUCCCUCAAGGAGGCGGCCAUCGUGCUGGGCGAGUCGUCGGGCGCCUUGCAGCUGCGCUACUUGCAGACCCUCAACAACAUCGCGGCCGAGCGCAACUCCACCAUCAUCUUCCCCAUCCCCAUAGACAUCCUCAGCGCCCUGCGCAGCAACAGUAACAGUAGCAGCAACAUGCUCUGAUGGCUCCCAAGCCGGGACUCUGCCACACUUUACAAAGUCUGGGGAAGGGUGGGGGGGGGGGUGUUCUAUGAGUGAAUAGUUCCCGGUGGUUAUUGGUUAGAAAUUAAAUCCGUGAAGUUUGCCCCCCACUUCGAUAUGCAUAAUAGUUCCAAUGUACUUUAAUUGUAUUACAUUUACACAACUGCUGGCUGCUACUGGCUCAGCACCGAGUCCGUUUGUGCACCUACUAUGUAUUUACAGGUUCCAUCAUCGACAAAAAAAAAUCAACAUUGUUCCGAGGUUAAUGACAUAAAGCGGGCUUGGGCAGAACGUGUCGCUAGAAAAGAUGAUGAACGAGGGUCAAGAAUGAUAAUGAAGUGGCUGCUAAGGGAUGGAAACGUCCGAGAAAAACGUACACCGAGGAGAUGGAGCAAUACGUUGAAUUCAGUUCACGUGCCUUCAUCCAGCAGUGGAUUGAUGCAGGCUAAUAAUGAAGAAACGUAAGCGCGUUAACUCUGCUCACUCGAGGCUUCAGUAUCAUUUCUCUGGUCACUCAGCAAGCAUCGAUCCUCACUGAAUAUAUCUGUGCAUGUUUUGUUUUCACACGUGCCAACGUGAAAGCAAUAAAGGACUUUUACUAUGGCCAUAAGUCAUUGUACGUAUGGUGAACUUUUUUCUCAGCGUACGUAGCUCACCGUGCUAAUUGUAACC